UGAGGUUAGGAAAUUGAAUUUAGAGAAAAAGCCGGCGAAGGUUCUGUGUUAUGCCGACGAUUUUUCAAAGUCCAGAGAGAAUUAAACUUCUUUAAUUCUUUUGAAAGUUAUAUUACGAAAAAAAAAGUAUAAUGGAGCUCACUGACGAUAAUCUCUUCACGCUGAGUGAAUACUUAAAGCAUACACUUAGCCCUGACGUCGAUGUCAGACGCCCUGCUGAAAAGUUUUUGGAAUCAAUAGAAUUAAAUCAAAACUAUCCGUUGCUUUUACUUCAUUUAGUAGACAAAUCCGAAGUCGAUCUAACUAUUAGAGUAGCUGGAGCUAUUGCGUUUAAAAACUACAUAAAAAGAAAUUGGAAAACUGAAGAAGAUUCUGUAAAUAAAAUACAUGAUCAAGAUCGUAUUACUGUUAAAAAACUUAUUAUAAACUUAAUGCUACAUUCACCCGAUUCAAUACAAAAACAAUUGUCCGAUGCGGUUUCAGUUAUUGGCAGGCAUGAUUUUCCUGCUCAGUGGCCAGAAUUAAUAGAUCAGAUGGUAGAUAAAUUCAACACAGGGGAUUUUCAUAUUAUUAACGGAGUUUUACAUACAGCUCAUUCUUUAUUUAAACGAUAUAGAUAUGAAUUUAAAAGUGAAGUAUUAUGGACUGAAAUAAAAUAUGUCUUAGAUAAAUUUGCAAAACCAUUAACCGAUCUUUUCUUGGCAACGAUGAAUCUCACUCAAGUGCAUGCUAAUAACGUACAAGCAUUAAAAGUCAUAUACAAUUCAUUAGCUAUUUUAUGUAAAGUAUUUUAUUCGCUCAAUUUUCAGGAUUUACCAGAAUUUUUCGAAGAUAAUAUGUCCGUGUGGAUGAGCAACUUUCAUAAUUUGCUCACUGUUAAUGUACCAUCAUUGAAAACUGGGGAUGACGAAGAAGCUGGCGUGAUAGAACAAUUAAAAUCACAAGUUUGCGAUAACGUGUGUUUAUACGCACAAAAAUAUGAUGAAGAAUUUCAACAAUUUUUACCUCAAUUUGUCACAGCAAUUUGGAAUUUGCUUACAUCUACAGGUCGACAAAUAAAAUAUGAUGCGCUUGUAUCCAACGCGUUGCAGUUUUUAGCAACAGUCGCGGAUCGUUCUCAAUAUAGGAAUCUUUUUGAAGAUGCGACGACUCUGAGUAGUAUUUGUGAAAAAGUCAUUAUUCCAAAUAUGGAAUUUCGGAAGUCGGAUAAUGAAUUAUUCGAGGAUAAUCCUGAAGAAUAUAUUCGUCGCGAUAUCGAAGGCAGUGAUGUAGAUACUAGGAGGAGAGCCGCGUGCGAUCUUGUGAAAGUGCUAUCAAAAUAUUUUGAAGAUAAAAUUAUGGAAAUCUUCGGUGCUUAUAUACAGGCCAUGCUGCAAAACUAUCUUACUAAACCUGCAGAAAAUUGGCGUAGCAAAGAUGCGGCUAUAUAUCUUAUAACAAGUAGUGCUAGUAAAGGGCAAACUCAGAAACAUGGUGUAACUCAAAGUAGCGAUCUUGUACCUCUUCCCCAAUUUGCAGCGCAACACAUUGAGCCUGAGCUUACUAAACCGGAUGUAAACGAAUUUCCAGUCUUAAAAGCUGAUGCUAUAAAAUUCAUAAUGAUAUUUAGAUCUAUUUUACCACGAGAACAAGUUGUUGGAAGUUUACCACAAAUGAUUAGGCAUUUAUCAGCAGCAAGUCCUGUUGUGCAUAGUUACGCUGCAUGUGCAAUAGAAAAAAUUCUUGUUCUUAAAAGUCAAGCGAAUGUACCAUUAGUCAAAGGAGAAGAAAUUGCCCCUCUUGCCACGGAUUUAUUGAAACACUUGUUUGGGGUUCUUGAUUCUCCAGGAUCAGAAGAAAAUGAGUAUAUAAUGAAAGCUAUAAUGAGAAGUUUUGCUACUUUGCAAGAAGCAGUCGUACCCUUUUUAGCAGAUUUAUUACCAAAGUUGACGCAAAAAAUUACAAUAGUUGCCAGAAAUCCCAGUCGUCCUAAUUUUAAUCAUUAUCUUUUUGAAACCCUGAGUAUAUCUAUUAAGGUUGUGUGUAAAUCGAAUCCAGAUGCCUUUGUAUCCUUUGAACAAGCCCUUUUUCCAACCUUUCAAGGAAUUUUACAACAAGAUGUUCAAGAAUUCAUACCGUACGUUUUUCAAAUUUUGGCUCUGCUUAUGGAAUUACAAGCUAGUUACAGGCCUAACAUACCCGAUUCAUAUAUGGCAUUAUUUCCAUGUUUAUUGUCACCUGUUCUAUUUGAAAGGCAGGGUAAUAUUCAUCCAUUAAAUCGACUUUUACAAGCAUUCGUGAGUAAUGGAUCAAAUCAAGUCAUAGCACAGGAUAAAAUCAGUGGUUUACUAGGUGUAUUCCAGAAAUUGAUAGCUUCGAAAGCAAACGAUCACGAAGGAUUUUUAUUGAUACAGACCAUCAUUGAAUACUUCCCUCCAGAUACCUUGAAACCUUAUAUUAAGCAAGUUUUUAUAUUACUUUUUCAAAGACUUUCGUUCAGCAAAACGACAAAAUUUGUUAAAGGCCUUAUUGUACUCUUCUGCUUUUACGCUAUUCGCUAUGGCUCGAUGGACUUGGUUUCAAUGAUAGAUUCGAUUCAACCUCAAAUGUUUGGUAUGGUAAUAGAAAGAGUAUUUAUCGCAGAUUUGCAAAAAGUAUCGGGAGAAAUUGAAAGAAAAAUCACAGCAAUUGGUGUUUCAAAUGUCUUAACUAGUUGUCCAAGUAUGCUUGAAAAUCCAUAUGUAGCAUAUUAUCCUCGACUUUUAGCCAGUUUAAUAGAAUUUUUUGAAUUACCACACGACGAAACUCAAUUACCAGAAGAUCAGCAAGAUUUUGACAUGGCCGAUGUAUCGGGCUAUCAAGCAGCCUACAGUCAAUUGGUAUUUGCAAGAAAACUAAAAAGAGAUCCCCUAGCUUCUAUUUUGGAUGUACGCUUAUAUCUUGCAAAAGGACUUGGUACGAUGGAACCAAGUCAGUUACGUGGUUUAUUGGGACAAAUUCCUGAGCCAAAUGCAAAUCACCUUAGAAAUUAUCUUCAAACAGCUGGGAUUACUGUUGCAUAAUACGAACCUCAAAUUCGGGAAAGGUUGAAAAUACACUUGAUGUCCCGUAAGUUCAAUAGCAUCGAAUUAAAUAAGACAUGAUUAAUAAAAUCGAAGUUAAACAUUUAGUAUUGAACAAGUAUAUGGCAAUAUCA